UUCAUUUGAGCGUGUCGAGCGUCUCUGUUAAGAGAGCCAGCACGAGGAGAGAGUGACUGAGUGAGAGGCCCUUCAUUCUGGCCUUUUUCUUCGACCCUUCGAAGCCCUCUGGCCUUCGUGAGUUGGUCUUCCACACUGCGAACCAGCGUGAGCCCUUCGCGAGUUCGUCACUUCGUCAGGAGCUUCGCGAGUUCAUCACUUCGUCAGGACAUUUUCAAACCAGAAGGAGCUCCUCACAAGCUCGUCUUUGAGCGUUUGUGAGUUCGUGAGUUCAUCUGCGUCGAAGUUCGAAUUUCUGUCAUUAUAACCCAGGUGAUUUAUAUAAUUGCUCGUGCUAGCUUGCAAGUUUCAUUGUGUCCCCACUGUCUGACAUAAUCGAGAAAGAAUUCUCAACAAUCGCGUGCUGCCAAACGAAUCUCACAAUUAAGCUGUGGUCGGCGACAAGCUGCAUGAAACCACUAUUAAUAUUUUCCAAUUCCAAUUGAGGAAUCGUGUCAUGAGCGUGGCAUGUUUGCAACUAGAAAAACAGUUGUUGAAACUGCCUUCUGCUUUGUUUGCCCGGCCAAAACAUCCAAUAAAACUCGGUUUUCAGUCCGCUAUGGCCGCCAUGAACUGCAUAAUGUACACACCCACUGCCUAUUAGACGAAACGCCCCACAGAUAUCUCUACUCCUUUAACUCGCUUCUCGCCUCGUAUGUUCGCAACGACGAUGCUUCUGCUGCAUGGUCUCUCUUCCGUCACAUGCUCUGUACGUUCCCUCAUCUCAGUGCCCACACAUUUACGCCCAUUUUGGGCGCAUGCUCAGCUUUGCCGGAUCCCCGACGCGGCUUGCAAGUCCAUGCUUUGAUGAUCAAAACGGGUUUGGACUCCGACAUUGCUAAAACCGCCCUAAUGGACAUGUAUUCCAAGUAUGGCCACUUGGAUGACUCGGUUCGCGUCUUCGACGACAUGAGUUUGAAGGACGUGGUCUCUUGGAACGCUCUGCUUUCGAGCUUUCUCCGUCAUGGCCUUCCUAAAGAGGCUCUCAAUGCUUUUGAAGCAAUGAGGAAGGAAGGAGUAGAGUUCAGCCAGUUCACAUUGUGUUCUGUGCUCAAAGCUUGUGACUUUUUGAAGGCGUUUCGACAAGGGAAGCAGGUUCAUGGUUUGGUGGUUGUAAUGAGUCGUGAUUUGGUGGUUCUGAGUACUGCUCUUAUUGAUUUUUACUCCAACAUUGGGCUCGUUGAGGAAGCCGUGAAGGUGUUCUCUUAUUUGAAAUGCAGAAAGGACGAGGUAAUAUGCAAUUCCUUGAUUUCUGGGUGCGUUCAGAAUAAAAAAUAUGAUGUAGCAUUUUCGAUCAUGAGUAAGAUGACACCCAACAAGAUUGCCCUUACUAAUGGACUCGCCGCUUGCUCUGAGAAUUCAGAUUUGUGGGUCGGGAAGCAGAUACACAAUGUGGCGAUUCGUCUGGGUUUGGUAUAUGAUACCCAAUUGUGCAAUGCUUUAUUGGACAUGUAUGCUAAAUGUGGGAAAAUUUUGAAUGCUCGUUCUGUGUUUGAUGGAGUACUCCGCAGAGAUGUUGUUUCAUGGACAAGCAUGAUAGAUGCAUAUGGAAGUCAUGGACAUGGGCUUGAAGCGAUUUAUCUCUUUGAGAAGAUGGGCGAGGAGGGAAGUGGUGUCUCGCCAAAUCCUGUCACAUUUCUUGCUGUUUUAUCUGCUUGUCGCCAUUCAGGACUAGUAGAACAAGGCCAGGAAUGCUUUGUUUCAGUUCAGCAUAGAUACGGUAUGGAUCCUGGUCCAGAACAUUAUGCCUGCUUAAUUGAUAUAUUAGGCCGCGCAGGUCAGAUAGAAGAUGUAUGGUGUGUGUUUGAUGAGAUGAUUAAGAAGAGUGUGAUGCCCACAGCUGUAGUGUGGGCGACAUUGUUGAAUGCUUGUAGACUUAGCCAGGAUGUCUCCAGGGGUGAGUUUGCAGCAGAGCAUCUGCUUGAGUUAGAGCCACAUAAGACUGGGAAUUAUGUGCUACUUUCAAAUUUUUAUGCAGCCAUUGAAAGGUGGGAUCUUGUGGACAAAUUGAGAAUUAUAAUGAGGAAGAAAGGCCUGGUUAAGGAAGUAGGGAGUAGCUGGGUCACUGCCGCAGGCUGUCAUGAAGAUGAUGAAGUGCCAUCUAUCUUAUCAAUUUGAGAGCAAUGUCAAAUUUGAGUCUUUUUAAAUGGUGUGUGACGGCAUUUACUAAAGAAAUAUAGUGAUUGUGCUUUGCAGUCAAGCACUACAGGCAGUUAUGGAUUGGACCACUUGCAUAACAACAUCUCAUAACCACUGCCAGUAGAAGAAAAAGAUCUGUUGUGGAUUGCUCAUCAUGAAUGUAAUUUACUCCAGCACCUUUGGAUGGGGUAGGUCUUGAUCUUCAGUCUUGAUCUUCAUCAGCUUGAUCAGGAUGGUCUUUUGGAUCAGGCUUCUCCUAAUCAACAAUGCCCUCAAAGCAUUGUGACUUCAGCACCCUUGCUUUAAAUUUCUCAUUAUGUUUUAAGCAUGAAGGCAUCUGGCAUGCUCAUACGUUCAGUAAUUUAAUCGUUGGCAGUCAGGAUCUGCUGACAAGAAGAUACUAAUUUACUACUAUUCAUGGCCCACAUCCUUACUGCUAUGCUUCAGAAAAUAAAAAUAAUUGGAGGACCCUGCCAUGUGAUAGUAGAGAGUCAGAAAAAUUUGGCUGUGCAUGCAAGAUGAAUCCACCCAAUUCUCUUUGCGCUCUCAUGUGGUUAAGGCUAUGAAGGAGGUUGGUGGAUAUCUUGCUAUUGGCCUUGAGGAUCAUAUAUUUGCCAUCAUCUUACAGGAGCAACCCUGAAGAGGAAUUCUGCAAAACAAGCGAUCUUCUUGUCUUUUGUUUGUAAGCCACCGAAUCAGAGUCACUUUGCAUUGUCCAGAUAGAAAUUGUUGGUUUUGAAAUUAGUGAGUUUGCUUUUACAGAUUGUAUAUGUAAGAUCUUGUGCUAUAAUGAGUAACUAGGAUGAACCAUGAUUUGUGUAAAUAACUACAGCUUUGGAUUAUAGCUAGAUUUUUAUUAUAUUAUUCUAGUGCUGUGGACAAAA